AUGAGAGAUCUCAACGCGGGCAAGGGAGGUGGUAGGGAGGCGCCAUGCCAUGUGUCUUUGCUGAUACCACUAGACUCGCAAUCGCACUUCGCAAAGCGACGAAUGAGCAAUGGCCCUUUUGCUGUCAAGGACUCAAUAGACCGCAUAUCCCAUAAAGGAGGGUACCACGAUAAGCCUCGGGCUUCGACACAAAGCGGCCCUUUCGCCCAUGGCACCUGUACCCGUGCCAAGAACUCCGAGAAGUCGGGUAAAGAGCACCAGAACGCGUCAUGCUGCGAGCCAUGCGUUGCGGGAGUUGACUCAACAGGAAACUGUGCGGCAAUGAUGUUGGAUCUAGAACCCGGGCUCAUUGUUAAAAAAGAAGAGACUCUCCGCGCGGCACACGGUUCUAACCACGUUGGACAUUCUACUUACAAAACCAAGUACAUGGAACUGGAGAGAUCGUUUGAGGCGGUUUCCGGGUAUGUUCGACGCUCUUUGUCUGUUACCCUCAUUUUGCUGGAUUAUGAGAGGAACAUUGAGCAGGGAUGUAUCUCAACAAGAUUUAAUCAGACGGCGCAUUCGCACAAUGGAGAUUUUUCGUUCCCCACAUCAUCAUUCCUAGUAUUCUUCAACGCCCUAGAAACACCCAAUCUCUGCGCCCUGGUGUCCGAAAGGCUCUAA